AUGGACAACAUCAUCAAGCCACAAUUCUCUUGCAAUCCGCCCUUCACCCACUGCCAAGCCACUGAUGCAGCACCAAACAGCCAGGAGGAGGAGGAGAGGAACAGCAGAAGCGCCGUUUGCCCCUUGUGGCCGUCAGCAGGGGCAGUGCGAGUGGAGCAGCUGACAGUGCGGUAUGGCAGUUCAGGGCUUGCAGUGCUGCGCAGCUUGAGCUUUCGGCUCGCGGGGGGAGAGAAGUGCGGCGUGGUGGGGCGAACAGGUGCAGGCAAGUCGACCCUCAUGCUCGCGCUGCUGCGGUUGGUAGAAUCGUCUUCGGGGACCAUUCACAUUGAUGAUUUGGACAUUGCAUCACUUCCCCUCGCCACCCUGCGCAGUAAGGUGGUGGCCAUUCCUCAAGAGCCGGUUCUUUUCAGCCAGUCAUUGCGAUUCAACCUUGAUCCCAUGGGGCAGCACAGUGACGAGGCCCUGUGGUCGGUGCUGGCAACAGUGCGCCUAAAGCCGCUGGUGGCGAGGCUGCUGGGCGGGCUGGAUGGUGCCCUGGCUCAGGGCGGUGGAAACCUGUCCCUGGGGCAGAGGCAACUGCUCUGCCUUGCAAGAGCUUUGCUUGCAUCGACACGCGUGUUGCUGAUGGAUGAAGCGACAGCGAGCAUGGAUGGGGAGAGCGAUGCAGUAAUUAAAGCCAUUCUACGGGAGUCAUUUAAGGAUAGCACCGUCAUCACCAUUGCACACCGCCUCUCGACCGUUCUUGAUUACGACCAG